GUAGCAUUUUCCCUGCGGCGUGCCUUGACGUUAAGCACGCCUGAUCGCAAACUACUGCUUAGGCGUUUGUCCACACAUAUCAGCUGUCCAUCCACGAUGGCGGCUACGCUUUCGUUUUGGGACCGCAACCCGCCCUAUGCAGCGCUUGCCCUGGCGCGGCUGGGCGGUGUGCCUGUUACCGCAUCACCAGACCCGAAAGCCACGAAGGAUACUGUGCCCACGCUUACCGUUUCAGGGGAAAGCUUUACCGGGACUAUGAUACUCAAGUACAUCGCCCGUGCUAGCAGCCAACGCGAUGAGCUCUACGGUUCUGACGCUCUUUCGUCGUGCCAGGUGGACCAGUGGCUUGAGACCGCUACCGGUAUCGUGUCGGGUGCUACCCUGGAGGCCCAAUGCGUUGCCCUAAACGACUAUCUGGCGCUGCGCACGUUCCUUGUUGGCUACAGCCUGACACUCGCGGAUCUCGCCGUAUGGGGUCAGCUGCAAGGUUCUCCGCUGUGGAAGAAGAUCCGCACGGGUGGCAAGGUGCCGCACCUGGCCCGCUGGUUCAGCUUCUGCUCCGAGGUGCCUCAGGUGCGAGCCGCAGUGGAGGAGCUGGAGUCGCUCGGCAAGAAGGGAGGCCCAGGCGCGGCUGGCGGCAAGGCCGCCGCCGCCGGCAAUGCUGCGGGCGACGCUAAGAAGGGUGCUGCAGCAGGCGGCGACAGCGCGGCUGCGGCAAAUGGUGGCGGCGAUUCCGGCGGCUCGUUCGAUAUCGGGUUGCCGGGUGCGGUGGAGGGCAAGGUGGUGACGCGCUUCCCGCCGGAGCCGUCGGGCUACCUGCACAUCGGCCACGCCAAGGCGGCGCUGCUGAACCAGUACUUUGCUGACAUGUACAAGGGCAAGCUGCUGGUGCGCUUCGAUGACACGAAUCCCUCCAAGGAGAAGGAUGAGUUCGUGGAGAACAUCAUGAAGGACAUUGCCGAUCUGGGUCUGCGGUACGACCGCCUGACGUACACCUCGGACUACUUCCCGCAGCUGCUGGAGCUGGGCGAGAAGCUCAUUCGCGCCGGCAUCAUGUACGCGGAUGACACGCCGGUUGAGCAAAUGCGCGAGCAGCGUAUGAAGAGCAUUGAGAGCGCUUGCCGCGGACGCAGCGUUGAGGAGAACCUGCGCAUUUGGGAGGAGAUGAAGGCGGGUAGCGAGGUCGGGCUGGCCAACGCCAUGCGCUUCAAGAUGGACAUGAAGAGCGUCAACGGCACCAUGCGCGAUCCCGUGGCCUUCCGAUGCAACCUCUCGCACCACUGGCGCACCGGCAACAAGUACAAGGUGUACCCGACCUACGACUGCGCCUGCCCCUUCGUGGACGCGGUCGAGGGAGUGACGCACGCGCUGCGCACGUCGGAGUACCGCGACCGCGAGGAGCAGUACUACUGGAUCCUGAGCGCCUACCAGAAGAUCUGGCCUGGUCUGCCCAACGUGCACAUCUGGGACUACAGCAGGCUCAACUUCGUCAACACCGUGCUCAGCAAGCGCAAGCUGACCUGGUUUGUGGAGACGGGCCGCGUGGAGGGCUGGAACGACCCGCGCAUGCCCACCGUGCAGGGCAUCCUGCGUCGCGGCAUGCGCAUUGAGGCGCUCAAGGAGUUCAUCAUCAGCCAGGGCGCCUCCAAAAACAUCACCUUCCAGGAGUGGGACAAGAUCUGGACCAUUAACAAGAAGCUGAUUGACCCCGUGUGCCCGCGCCACACGGCGGUGGAGGAGGAGGGCAAGGUGCUGCUGACGCUUGAGGAUGGGCCGGCUGAGUCGGAGGUGGUGGUGGUCCCGCGCCACAAGAAGUACCCCCCUGCGGGCAAGAAGGCGGUGACCCGUGCCCGGCAGCUGUGGAUUGAGCAGGUGGAUGCGGCCACCCUGAAGGAGGGCGAGGAGGUGACGCUCAUGGAGUGGGGCAACGCAAUCAUCAAGACCAUCACCCGCGACCCCGCCACGGGUGCCGUGACCGCUCUGAGCGGCUCGCUCAACCUGGACGGCGACGUCAAGAAGACCCGCCUCAAGCUCACCUGGCUGGCUGCGGUGCCCCAGUGCGAGGUGGUGCAGCUGCAGCUGGUGGACUUUGACUACCUCAUCAACAAGAAGAAGGUUGAGGAGGACGACAACUUUAUGGACUUGGUGAACAACGCCACGCGCUUCGAGAAGCUGGCCAUCGGCGACCCCAACAUGCGCACGCUGCAGAAGGGCGACAUCCUGCAGCUGGAGCGCAAGGGUUACUACAUUGUGGACGAGCCGUAUGGCGUGAAGGGCGCCGGCCGCCCUAUCGUUUUGUUCUGCAUCCCCGACGGCCGCACUAAGAACAUGACCAAGGGCAACGCUGCCCAGUGAGCGAAGGAAGCCGGUGCGGUACGGUCUCCACGCUGUACAAACUAAGUGAUUAAGGAACGAGUCGGCCGUAAACAGGAUGAUGCCACUUCUGUAAGGAAGUAUGACUGAAGAAGUAGGUUUCUUGCUAGCUGCCGUGGUGCGUGGAAGCAGAUGGCGCGCUUGCAUGGGUGUACGACAGCGAUAGCAAAUCGACCCAGCCUAUCAGGGCUGUCCACGCGUUUGUGCUUUUAACUGCCGUUGUGAUUGAUAGUAUCGGGUGGCCAUCCCUCUGCCGGGAUUGUGGCCGCCUAGGUCCCACCCACCCGCCCGAGGUCGCGCCUAGCGAGUGGGGGUUCGCUUGCGUUUCGUCUUUAGUAGGACAACCAGUUUGGGGAGCUUCUUGGACGCCGGUCUCUCAAUUAAGGGGGUCAAUCGGCAAUCGAGGUGCAACACU